UACAUGGUGGUUACUUUAGUCCGAAUAUUCAAUUGGGCUGUAGUAAUGCUUACUAUUGUAGCAAGUACUGCCGAUUUUUGCAUAAAUAUUGACGACUUUCAAGAAGUGUCUUAUAAUUUGAAUUACAUAUUUCCAUUAUUGAUAACGGUAUUCAGAUCAGUGGUGAUUUAUCUUAAGCGAAAUGAAUUUCGACGACUUAUUAAUGAUAUCCACAUGCCGAUUUCAUUGUUAAAGUAUUCUUCAGAUUUAGGAGUCCUUACAAUCAUCAGAACUGCAAUGGUGUUCCAAAACUUCGACUACACAAUAUUUGUCCUAUCAUCGAUCUCCGUACUAUGCCUAGGCAUCCUUCCAAUAAAAUUAUUCUUACGCACCCGUGAAUUCCCAAUCCGGGGAUCAUACCCAUUCAACGCAACCCAGAGCCCAAUUUUCGAAAUAAUUUUGAGCAGUCAAUGCUACGGAUUAUUAUUAGCCAGCCUGUGGAUCCUUAUCUUUGACACAUCACUUCUAGGAUUUAUCCGAUGGAUCAACGUGCAAUUGAUGAUCCUCCAAGCGAAUUUUCGUCAUUGCAAUGACAUGACCACAUCCCGUGCCAGUCUUUCAGUAUCUCAGCAAAACUACAGCAUCAUCCAGGCCUACCAAUUCUUGAAAGUCCCCGAAGAGCAAGAGGAAAUCCAGUUCUUUGUCCCGUUUACUCUCGAAGAAGCUAACGUUCCAGCGGAUUCAUUUCUUCUGAGAUUCCAAACUUGUGUCAUCCACCAUCGACGGCUCAUCCACAAUCUCAACGACUGCAAUAGCUUUUUGGUCUUUGUGAUGUUUGGUCAAAUACUUUCAAGUUUUCUUCUCAUCUGCGUUGGACUUUUCGUCCUUACUACGUCGCUGUUCGAAAGUAGAAACAUCUUCGUAGAUGUUGUUAUGUUGACAGUUGGAGCGAUCCAUUUAUUUUAUUGGUGCAUUUACGGCAAUCAACUGAUGAUCGAGAGCGACAAAUUAUGGAUAAGUAUUUACGAAUCCGGCUGGGAAGAUAAUUUAUCUAGAAAAUCUAAGCAACUUAUAUUAAACGGCUUAACACAAGGAUUGACUCCUAUGAAAAUGACCGCUGGGGCCUUUUUUGUCUUUUCUCUGCAAACAUUCUUAUCGGUUGUAAAAACUUCAUACUCUUACUUUGCAAUUCUUAUCAACACGGUGUCUGCUGACGAAUGA